AGUUACGAUUCUUGCCACAGAGUGUGGAAUUGUAAUUUCUUUCCGUCAUUUGAAAAGGCUGCUCAGACAGCAUGGCCUGUCAAGGAGAAAAAACUACAGUGACAUCGGUGAGGUUGUAGACUUUAUUCUAAAGCAGGUCGAGGGAUCGGGUCGUCUGCAUGGCUACCGAUGGAUGUUUGAAAAAUGUCGGGCACAUCAUAUCAAUUGUAAAAAGGAAGAUGUAAGGAUAAUCCUUGGAGUUGUCGACCCAGAAGGGACAACUCAGAGGAGAAGGAGAAGACUGAGGCGACGUCAGUAUUCAUCCAAAGGGCCAAACUUUUUGUGGCAUCUGGACAGCUACGACAAACUGAAAGCAUUUGGAAUAUGCAUUAAUGGCUGCAUCGAUGGGUUUUCCAGGAAAAUAAUGUGGAUGAACGCCUACCACACUUCAUCAGACCCGAAGGUGAUUGGAGGGUACUACAUAGAAAAGGUGUCAGACAUCGGAGGAUGUCCAUCUGUUGUACGUGGGGAUCUAGGUACCGAGAAUGGAUAUGUGCGUGACUUUCAAAGGUUCUUCCGUGAGGACGACGAAGAUGGCAUGGCGGGCAUUCGCAGUUAUCUAGAAGGUCCAAGCACAGCCAAUCAAAGGAUCGAGUACUGGUGGUCCUUCCUUCGAAGGGAGUGCAUGGAAUUUUGGAUCUAUUUUUUUCGCGAUUUGCAAGAUGACGGUGAUUUCAAUGGCAAUUUCGUAGAUGUCAAUCUCCUACGGUUUUGUUUCUUACAUCUUAUCCAGGCUGAGCUUGAUGAAGUGGUAGAUGUAUGGGAUCGGCAUCUCAUUAGACCAUCGAGGAACAUCCAAGCUCCUAGCGGCCGCCCAAACAUUAUGUUCAACUUGCCGUCUUUGUACACUACAAGAGAUUAUCUGCAUGGUGUGAGCCAGGAACGUAUGCAAGCAUGCAAAGAGGAAUGUGUUUUCAGAAAAACAAUACCAUGUGAUGAAGACAUCUUUGAGCUCUGUUGCAUCGUGAUGAAUGAAGUUGGGUACGAGUAUCCAAGAGACCGACACGGUGCUCGACUUCUUUAUGUAGCUCUUCGACCCAACGAUGCCAACGUUGUGAGUUUGGCAUGCUACCAACGAGCCAACGAUGCCAAUGUUGUAAGAUUGGCAUGCUACCAACGAGCCAACGAUGCCAACGUUGUGAGUUUGGCAUGCUGCCAACGAGCCAACGAUGCCAAUGUUGUAAGAUUGGCUUGCUACCAACGAGCCAACGAUGCCAACGUUGUGAGUUUGGCAUGCUACCAACGAGCCAACGAUGCCAACGUUGUGAGUUUGACAUGCUACCAACGAGCCGACGAUGCCAACGAUGUGAGUUUGGCCUGCUGCCAACGAGCCAACGAUGCCAACGUUCUAAGUUUGGCAUGCUGCCAUCGAGCCAACGAUGCCAACGAUGUGAGUUUGGCAUGCUACCAACGAGCCAACGAUGCCAACGAUGUGAGUUUGGCCUGCUGCCAACGAGCCAACGAUGCCACGUUGUGA